AUGUGCAACAAGGGGAAGGAUAAGGUGAAUGAAGAGUCGGUAGCCAAUUUGAAGAUGAUGGUGAAUCAGAACAAUGAGAAAAAGCGAAAGGCAAUCAUGCUGGAAGAGUCCGAUGUUGAAACUCAGAAUUCUAAGACCCCCCUAAAAGAUGUUGCUGAAGAAGAAUCAACUGAUUCAUCCAAAAAAAUUUCUCCAUUUCUUCUUUUUGGAUUCAUUGUUGAUCACAGGAAAGCAAUUAAAAAUGCUUACUCAUGCAAAUUUUGUAGCAGAAAGUUCACUAGUCCACAGGCAUUAGGUGGCCAUCAAAGUUCUCACAAAUUAGAGAGAAGUCUCAAAAAAAUGAUCCAAGGAAUAAGUUUAAACACCAUCACUCCAUUCCAUAUGGGGUGUGGAUAUCAAUGUUAUGGAUUUAACAAUAUGAUUCAACAUGGAGGGUCAUCAAACUUAUAUGCAGGAAAUUUGUAUGGUGCAUUUCAACAUAUUUCGGAGAUAGAUGAAGCGAAUGAGGCUGAUCAAAGCAUGAUGAGUCAAAAAGUUAUUGUGUCUAAGAUUGAAGUUGGAAAAUUUUCAGAGGGAGGUGCUGUUAGUGAUGAAGUUGAUCGGGAAGACAAAGAGACUCAAGAGGAGGAAGCAUCCAAGAUUGAUUUGACUCUUAAGCUUUGA